AUGGCUCGCUUCCAGCCACCUGCGGCUUUCGAUUUUAGCUCCCCGGACCGAUGGCCCGCGUGGAAGCUCAGGUUCUCACGUUUCCGCAUGGCUGCGAAAUUGUCGUCAGAGAGCGAAGAAAUCCAGGUCUCCACUUUACUGUAUAGUCUCGGACCCGACGCCGACCCUGUGUUUGAAUACCAGCUGGGCUUGUCCGACGCCGACAAAAAGAAAUAUGCUGAGGUUGUCGAAGCAUUUGACACAUACUUCCGUCCUGCAACGAAUGUCGUCCACGAGCGGGCGCAAUUCGAACAACUCAUCCAACGACCAGGACAAACUCUAGAGGAAUUUGUUCGCGAUCUAUACAAGGGAGCCGAAUUUUGUGACUUUGGCGGAGAGAAGGACAACCGGAUCAGGGACCGUCUUGUGGCGCACAUGUGCAACAAACGCGUCAGCCGUGAGAUCCAGAUGAAGGAGGCGUCCGAACAGACCCUUGCCAAGGCACUCGCGUAUGCCCGGCAAGCGGAGAAAGUUGAGGCCCAGGUUGCAGCUCAGGGUCGCUCUGCAGUUGCUUCGUCCGUAUCGGAGCCAGUCUCCUCAUCAGCCGUCUCUCACCGCCCUGGGAACUCGGGACGCAAGCAACCCACGCAGCAGCAGCCCAACAGUGGCGCCCGUGGGGAGUGCUCGAACUGUGGCCGCGCUCAUGCUCAGGGUAAGUGCCCAGCUCGCGGCAAGUCGUGUAAUGCGUGCGGCAAGCGAAAUCACUUCGCACAAGUGUGUCGGUCCAAACCCCAGGUAUCCGAUGUCUCCGAGUCUGCACCAGUGCGUGACAGUGACAGUGAAACUGUAUUCAUCGGUUCUGCUGAGUCAAGUGGGCCUACUUCACCGUGGUUUGCUGAUGUGCGAGUUGGAAACCGCCCUGUUCUAUUCAAGCUGGACACAGGCGCGGAUGUUACAACGAUGUCAUUGAAGGCAUUCAAACGACUGUCGCCAACACCUAGCCUUUCUGCCUCCACCAUUCAGCUACGUGGCCCUGAUGAUCACCUCUUACCUGUUCAUGGCGUUUUCACAGCACACUGCUCACAUCGCCACAGAUCCACAGACAUUCCUGUGUAUGUCCUGGAAGGAGCUACCACUUGCCUCCUAAGUCGCUCAGCAUGCUCUGAUCUGGGUUUGAUCCAGCGCCUGGGAUCUGUGCACAGCAAACCCGAGUUGGUACAGUGUAUGAAGGGCCCUGCUGUAAACAUCCAGCUCACAUCUGAAGCCACACCUUACCACUGCAUGACUGCCCGAAGAGUGCCUCACCACCUCUACUCCAAGGUGCGCGACGAACUGGCACGCAUGGAAGAAGGCGACAUAAUUGCAAAGGUGGAUGAGCCAACUGAUUGGUGUUCACCAAUAGUUCCAGUGUUAAAGCCCAAUGGGAAAGUGCGCAUCUGCGUGGAUUUGAAGCGCCUCAACGCAUGCGUGAAAAGAGAAACUUUCCAGCUGCCAACACUGGAUGACGCGCUUGCCUCGCUGGCUGAUGCCACCGUGUUCUCAACACUAGACGCAGCCAAUGGGUUUUGGCAACUGCCGCUCGCGCCAGACGCUGCGCACUUGACGACAUUCAUCACACCGUUUGGCCGGUAUUACUUCAAGCGACUGCCAUUCGGUAUUACUUCGGCACCAGAGAUUUUUCAGAAGCGCAUCACCAACCUCCUGGAUCAGCUCCCUGGUGUCACCGUGUAUAUGGAUGACAUCAUCGUCUCCGGACGCACCGUUGAGGAGCAUGAUCGAAACCUGGAAGCUGUUUUCGACAUCCUCAAGAAAGCCAACGUGACCGUCAAUGAGUCCAAGUGUCACUUUAGAAAGAGUGAAGUGAAGUUUCUGGGCCACAUCGUCUCCAAGGACGGUCUGCGGCCGGAUCCACAGAGAGUGUCUGCUGUUACCGACCUCAAGCCACCCAAGAAUGUCACGGAGCUGCGACGGCUUCUUGGCAUGUUCAACUUUAUGUCACGGUUCAUCCCGAAUCUGUCAGAAGUCAGUGCUCCACUUCGUCUUCUGCUGGCGAACGAUGCAGUCUGGGAAUGGUCUGCAACGCAACAAGCAGCCCUGGAUCGGCUGAAACAGCUCGCUACCGACACCCCCUGCCUGUCAUUCUUCGAUGCGAGACGGCCGACAGUCAUCAGUGCAGAUGCAAGUAGCUAUGGUCUCGGCGCUGUUUUGCUGCAGAACCACGACGGCAGUCUCCGUCCAGUUGCGUACGCGUCCCGCUCAUUGACAUCGACUGAGCAGCAGUAUGCGCAAAUUGAAAAGGAGUGCCUCGCCGUGGUUUGGGCCUGUGAACGGUUCCAUGGCUUUGUGUACGGCGACCCAUCAUUGACGGUCCACACUGACCACAAGCCAUUGAUACCUCUGAUCAACACGCGCGACUUGAACCGUGUACCACUGCGCUGCCAGCGACUGCUCAUGCGUCUUAUGAAGUACAACCCUGCAGCUGUGUAUAUUCCCGGAAAGCAGCUUGUUGUAGCGGACGCCCUAUCACGCGCUCCGGACGCGUCGGUCGACUCGCCGACGUCUCAGCUGGCGGAAGAGAUCUCUCUUCACAUAUCAACGAUCACCAGUGAAAUCGUCUCAGCACGCAAAGCGGAAGAGCUUGCGGCCAACACUGCAGCAGACACCGUCUUGCAGCAAGUCCUGCAGUACACGAAGUCUGGGUGGCCCGACUCAGCCCAUCUUGUAGAGGAUGCAGUCCGCCCGUUCUUUCACGAGCGUGCCCUACUGUCAUGCAGCAAUGGCAUCCUGUAUCAUGGCACCAGGAUCGUCAUUCCACCCAAGCAGCGUGCCUCUGUCCUUGCCACUCUACACGAAGGCCACCAGGGUGCCACGAAGUGUAAGGCAUUAGCGCGAAACUCAGUGUGGUGGCCAGGCCUUGCCAAAGAAGUAGACGCACUGGUUGCAGCAUGCCCCGUCUGCUGUAAACACCGCCUCCAGCACAGCGAGCCACUUCAGCCGGUUCCGCGCCCUCAGCUCCCAUGGCACACCAUUGGCUGUGAUCUGAUGGAGCAUGAUAGUAAAGUGUACCUCGUGGUAGUUGACUACUUCUCGCGAUUUCUCGACGUCAUCCCGCUGCGUUCCACGACGUCUGCCAGCAUUGUCUCCAAGCUGCAUGGUCUCUUCGCCACCCAUGGCAUCCCAGCAUGCCUAGUAAGUGACAAUGGUCCCCAGUUUGCAAGUGCGGACUUCCGUAGCUUUGCCCACUUGUACGACUUCAGUCACCGAACCUCCAGUCCUCGCUACCCCCAAUCGAACGGCGAAGCAGAACGAGCUGUCCGAACUGCUAAGGAGCUUCUCAAGAAGAACCCGAGUCUGCCUGAUGCUCUCCUAGCGUAUCGCAACACGCCGCUAGCCAACGGCUUUGCGCCAGCUCAGCUCUUGUAUGGUCGACGUAUCCGCACGACCGUCAUGACGUCUGCAGAGCAGCUUCACCCAGAAUGGCCCGACAUCACCGCUCUCCUGACCACUGAGUACACCCUGCAGGAGAAGCAGAAAGAGGUUUACGACAGCCGCCAUGCUGCCCGACCUCUGCCGCCAUUAGAGCCUGGUGACAAGGUGUGGAUCCCAGACUUGAAGAAGGAAGGGAAAGUAGUGGAACGCCUGUCAAACCGUUCGUACAAUGUGGAGACAAACACCGGCACUGUUCGUCGCAACCGCCGACACGUCAUCAAGCAACCCUUGGACGACACCGCAGCUGUUGUUGAUGUUGAGCCGAACACCGCUGACCAGCCAGCAGCGCCACGUCGUUCGGAACGGGCCACUCGAGGUGUCCCAGCAAACCGUUUGCUGGAACAGAUGUGA